AUGUCUUGGGAUGACGGAAAGCACACGAAGGUGAAGCGUGUUCAGCUUACGUUUGAUGACGUUAUCAGAUCUAUCCAGGUCGAAUACGAGGGAACCACCCUUCAGUCUCAGCGGCGUGGCACUACCGUUGGCACCAAAUCCGACGGGUUCACACUGAGCCCGGACGAGUACAUAACGGAUGUCUCUGGUUACUCCAAAACGACUUUUUCGGGAGACAUUAUAACGGCGUUAACGUUUAAGACGAACAAGAAGACAUAUGGGCCUUACGGAAACAAAACUCGAGAGUACUUUUCCGCAAGCGCACCCAAAGAUAGUCAAAUCGCCGGGUUUCUAGGAACCAGCGGCAACGCUCUCAACUACAUCGACGUUCACUUUGCUCCCAUUAGCAUCAUACCAAAACCUGUUGUCCCCGACACCAAACCUGGUGGCUCCGACACCAAACCGGUUGACCCCGACACCAAACCCACCAAGCCUGAUGGCUCGGACACCAAACCCACCAAGCCUGAUGGCUCUGACACCAAACCCACCAAGCCUGAUGGCCCCGACACCAAACCUGUUGACCCCGACACCAAACCAGAUGGGUCCGGAAAGACGGGACUGAUAGGUGGUAAAGGAGGUGGAAAAGCAUUUGACGAUGGUGUAUUCGACGGUGUGAAGAAAAUUACGGUUGCAGCUGAUGAGUACAGUGUAACUUACAUCAAGAUCGAAUACGUAAAGGAUGGAAAAGUCGAAACACGUGAACACGGGACGAUUCGCGGGACACUAAAAGAGUUUUCGGUUGAUUAUCCGAAUGAAUAUAUCACAGCCGUUGGUGGAACCUACGAUCAUAUUUUCACCUACGAUACAACGCUUAUCACGUCGCUAUACUUCACGACCUCCAAAGGAUCUACCUCUCCGUUAUUUGGUGAGAAGAGCGGAGAAAACUUCGAUCUCAAAGGUGAAAAUGGAGGAAAGCUUGUUGGGUUCCACGGACGUGGUGACACUGCUCUUGAUGCCAUCGGAGCUUACUUCGAUGUCCCCGGAAAGACCAGACUGACCGGUGGUAAAGGUGGAAACGCGUUUGACGAUGGCGUUUUCGAUGGUGCCAAGAAAAUAACAGUCGGAGCAGAUGAGUUCAGUGUGACUUAUAUCAAGAUCGAAUACGAAAAGUAUGGAAAAGUCGUAACCCGUGAACAUGGAGAGAUUCGUGGGGAACUAAAAGAGUAUACCGUGCCGAAUUAUCCGGACGACUAUAUCACAGCCGUUGGUGGAAGCUACGAUCAUGUUUUCACCUACGAUACGACGCUUAUCACAUCGCUAUACUUCACAACCUCAAGAGGGUUUACCUCUCCGCUAUCCGGUGAGAUUCGUGGAGAAGAGUUCAACCUCAAAGGUGAAAAUGGUGGAAAGCUUGUUGGGUUACAUGGACUUGGUGGUACUGCUAUUAAUGCCAUUGGAGCUUACUUCGACACCGGUUCACAAGGAGGUGGCGGAGACUCGAAACCUGAUGGCUCUGAAACCAACCCCGGCAAAAACGAUUUGAAACCUGAUGCCUCCGGGAAGACGGGACUGGUCGGUGGUGAGAGUGGGAACACAUUCGACGAUGGUGUUUUCGAUGGUGUGAAGAAGAUAACCGUUGGAGCAAAUGAAGACUAUGUAACUUACAUCAAGAUCGAAUACGUUAAGGACGGUAAAGCUGAAACCCGUGAACAUGGAGAGAUUAGCGGAGAACUCAAAGAGUUUUUGGUGGACUAUCCGAAACAAAACAUCACAACCGUUGGUGGAAGCUACGAUCAUAACUUCAGCUAUGAUACAACGCUGAUCACAUCGCUCUACUUCGAAACCUCCAAUGGUAUCACCUCUCCAUUAUUCGGUAAGAAGGAUGGAGAAAAUGGAGAAAACUUCACACUCAAAGGUAAAAAUGGAGAAAAGCUUGUUGGACUCCAUGGACGUGGUGGUACUGCUAUUAAUGCCAUUGGUGCUUACUUCGACACCGGUUCCAAACCCGUUAACCCCGAAACCAAGCCCGAUGACUCCUCAAGUGGAACUAACAGCGAUUCUAGUACUCAAAAGCUUGACGCACAAGGUGGUAAGGGAGGCAAUGAAUGGGACGACGGCGGCGAUCACGACGGUGUGACGAAGAUAACCGUCACAGCUGGUGGACUAGGAGUUGAGCAAAUCAGGUUCGAUUAUCUCAAGAACGGUCAGCCAAAGGAAGGUCCCGUUCAUGGUGUGAAAGGAAGAAGAAGUUAUGAUGAAAGGUUUGAAAUCGCUCAUCCCAAAGAGUAUAUCGUUUCCGUCAAGGGUUGGUACGAUUCAUCCAACGUCAUUCAGGGACUUGAAAUCAAAACCAACACCAAGACCACUGAUUACUUUCCGUCUCCAUUUUCCGGAGACGGUACAGAGUUUUCGCUUGAAGUUAAAGACAAGAAGAUCGUCGGUUUCCAUGGCUUCGCCGACUCUGGAAUCAAUUCCCUUGGAGCUUAUUUCGCUCCGAUCACCUCAAAAACUGGCAAGAAGCUAAAAGCAGUUGGUGGUGACCAAGGAGCUGCAUGGGACGACGGCGUUUUCGACGGCGUUAGAGAAAUACAUGUAGGACAGAAUCAGGACGGUGUGUCUUUCGUGAAGAUUGAUUAUAACAAGGGAUCUCAGACAGUUCUCGGCGAUGGUCAUGGCCAAAAAUCACUUGCUGUAGUUGAAACGUUCAAGCUUGAGAAUCCAAGUGAAUACAUCACAGAAGUGGGGGUUUACUACGAUAAGGUCCAGAUAGAGGGACGUGGUGUGACAUUGGUGACGAGUUUAAUAUUCAAGACUAGCAAAAAUCGAGAAUCUACACCAUUCGGAAUGACCGGUGGAGAAUAUACUGAGCUUAAGGAAGAAGGUCACAAGAUCGUUGGGUUCCAUGGAAAAGCUAGUGACUGGAUUCAUCAAAUCGGAGUCCAUGUCGCGCCAGUCACCAACUGA